AUGGCAGGAUGAAUUGGAGCAGUCAUCAUAAUUACUAUUGUAAUGAUCAUCGUGAUGAUUAUAUCAUUGCAUUAUUCUUUCAAGAUUGUAAAAGUACUAAAAGACUUAUUUAAGCAUCAAGUUUUUACAAUUAAAACUGAAACAACCAUGAAUUUCAAGACCUUCACUUACACUCAGGCAGCCAAACGCUAUAUACCUCUGUGAGCGCUUUUCUCAUAUAAAGAUGUUCAAUUAGAAGUACCGAGAGCAAGCCAAUUUUUUUUCGUUAUUGUGUUUCUAUCAAUUUUAUGGAUCCUUAACCAAAUCGUGAUUUAUGAAAUUGAUUAUUUGUUUUCAAAAUUUUUAUAAAAAAUACUCCUUGGCGAAUAAAUGCGCUAAUAAAGGCUUAAUUUUUUUUUUAAUAUAUUAGAAUUAAUAUUAAAAUCAUACCCUAAAUGAAUUUAGUAUAUAUUAAUUUAAAUAAAAAAAAAUACAAAAAAAUUAUUUAUUCCUGAUUAUACAGCAACUGACCUCUUAAUAGCAUUUUAUUGCAGCAUCGCAUCUACAGCUAUAGCUAUUUGUAUAACAGCGAUCCUUACUAACAGCUUUCUUUCAAGUUUUAAUGAGAAAAAUAAAGGAAAGCUUAAUGGCAUGUAUGGAACAAUUGAUGAAACCAAAAUAGCUCAUGCCAAGUCUGACUCCAAUAAAAACCUAGAAGAAAUGCAAGAAAAUAAAACAUUAUAUCCUUUUUGUCAUAAAUUCGUUAUUUUUUGCAAAAAAUUAAAAAUUAAAUUAAUUAAAGGCGUCUCAGUAUAUGAAAAUGAGCAGCACACUGAAUAUGAAUUCACCAAUCGUGAGGAUGAAAUAGGGAAAAUUGAAACCCCCGAACUAAGUCCUCGUGAUCAAGCUUUUACCCUACCUGAUGAGUCUAAAAAUAACAGUGCAGCCUUAGAAAUCCUUGUAACUGCUUUAGCUCUAUGCUGUGUUGCAGGCUUGUUUUGAAGCAUUUAUAUGUCUUCUCACAUGUCUCAAGACAAUCUUCGGGUUUGCUUCCUACAUUGACUAUUUGGUAUAGCCAUAGACAUCCCUCUCAGAAGUGUCAUUAUUUUUCUACUAAUUUGUUUCCGCUGCUCUGCAUUUUUACAUAGAAAAUUUAUUAUUAGAAAUCAUGAUAUUUCUCCAGGGAAUUUACGUCAAUAUAAAAGAUCCCCAACCAAAGCCCGUGACCCUCUAUUAGAUGGCUACUCAGAAGAUACCUUAUUAGACCAUUCCCCAAGAGCUACAAGUCCACGCAAUAAAAAAUUUAAAUGCCCUUCACCGCCUACAAUGUCUUUACAUGAUGUAUCAUUUAGCUUGUUAGGAAGCAAAGAAAACCAUAUAGAAUCAGCCCAGCAUGAGCCGAAAUAUGCUCAUCAAGACAAUAAUAUGAAUAAAAGUGAUUUAUUUAGGCCAGUCAAAAGAUUGAAUUUUGAUGAUGCUGAUAAAAUACAAGGGAUGAUGACCCAGAAUGCUUCAGAAGCUUAUAAUACUAAAGAAGCUAAUAAUUUUAAUGCAACGAAUGAAAAAGUCUGGUUUUUUGAAGAAGGGUUUGGAAGUGAUGAAGGCGAAAUUGAGAUGUUGGAGAAUUCUCAGCUUCAUAAAACAAUUGUAGUAUACGUUUUAGUGUGAAUUUUAUAGAAAUAAUGGAUUUAAAAAAAACAAUUUUUUAUAAGCAAUUUAUUAGGAUAAUAGUUAAUUUAUAUAUGUAUUAAAAUGGUAUGGCGAGCCAACCUGAAUUCUUAGCACCUGUAGCCGGCAGGUUAAUUGGGAAAGCUAGGGACAUUGUGGGAGGGAGAGCAUAAAUUGGCCCACGGGGUUGCUUUUCAUGGGAAAACACAUAUCCGACCAGGCUUUACUUGGUUUGGUGGAGGAAAAUGUCAGGUUUAGCUGAACUCAUGCUCACAUCCAGGUCAAAGUUUCCUUGUUGGGAAAUGGUUCGCUGGGAGUUGGAAAGGGAAAGCUCAGCAAGGCUAGAGGCAGGCAAAUUUUCAGCGUGAUACCAGGCGUUGCGUCCUGGCUCUGGGUUCCAUUUUAGUGGAUAGCCUGACUAAAAAUUCGUUUUCGAAUUUCUGGAGGCGGACCCUGCUAGUAAACGACAUGAUGACUCAGUGUCUCUGACCCUCAAGUAGAGAAUGCCUCAUCCGUGAGGAGCAACAUACUAGAAGGCCGUAUCCUGACUGGUGCAGGUGCUAGUACCCUGCAGACCUGCAGAGGACAUCUCUAUAACUAAUUUAAUAUCUAAUAUAGUAAAUUUAUAAUAAAAAAGAUAGAUAACGAAUCUGAAUAUUAUGAAUCAGUAGAUAGUGAUUAUACAGAAAUUGAAGAAAUUGAUAGCGAAGGAAAUAAAGUAACUAAGCUUGUAAAAGUCGACAGAGAUUUAAGUGGCUAUGAUUCUGAUACAGAUGCUCUUUUGACUGGAAGAAGCUGAAAAAAGGAUUCUCGGCGUUUUACAGUGGGAUCAAAUGGAGAAGUUCUACCGUCUAAUAAUGAAGUUUUCUUUGAAGAAAACGAAAAUGGAGACCUUGUCUUAAUAAACCCUGCCAAGUUUUCAGUCGAUAAUAAUGGUCAUUUAAUUCCAAUCCCAGAAGAAGAUGAGUAUGAAACUGACUAUGAAUUAAAUGAUUUAGGAGCCUUAAUUCCUAUACAAAAAAGACUUGUAGAUUCCUAUUAUCAUUAAUUUUUUAAGCCUAUAAAUGAAGAUUUUUAAUAUGAAAAACUAUGGUUCUACACAUAAAAAUAAAUUAAUUAAGAUUAAGAUAGAUUCCCCUAAAAAAUCCAAAAAUAUCAAAAUUUUUAAAACUGGGCCUGACGGUGAAUUAUUAGACCCUGAUGAUCCAGAAGAAGAAUCUGAUAUAUCAGAAUAUGUAAGUGAAUAUGAAUUAGGGGAUGAUGGAGAGCUUGAAAGAGUUAUGAAAAAAAUAAAUGAAAAAGGCGAUGAAAUAGGCUUUGAGUCUGCUACAGAAUAUGAAGAAAUUUCUGAUGGAGAAUGAAUACCUAUUGAAGGCACCUUAGGCAGAAACCCAAAAUCUCAGCAAUUUAUUGAUGUACAAGGAGAAGAUGGAAAGGUUUAUAAAGAGCCAAAACCUAAAAAAUUGUACCCUAAAAUGAUGAUUGACUGUAAUGGAAAACCAAGAAAAAUCGCAAGGCAGAGGUUUGAAAACCCAAGACUUUAUAUUAGAUGAUUAUUAUAUACCAAUUUGCAAUAAAUCAUAAUCAAUUUUCUCACAAUAAAUAAAAAAUUGAAUGUAUUUAAGCGUAAAAUAUUAUUAAUAAAUUUUUUAUAUUAAAAUUUUUAAAAGAAAAUAAUAGAAAAUUCGCUUAAUUAUUCAACAAAAAAAAUUUUCAUAGUAAAAAUCAUGAAAACCAUAUUAGAAAUGAAGAAGGAAAAAUCGUCAGAAAGCCUGAAGGAAAUACAGAAGAAGUCAUGGUUAUAGGAAAAGACGGAAAACCCUUAAUACUAGUAGGAGAAGCUAGCAAGAAAAAUAUUACCAAAUCUGAUGCGAAAAAGUACGAAAUUAAUCCAAAAAACUUAUUAAGAAGAAAACCCAAAGACCAUACAGAAAUGUACGCAUAUGGUGGCGCUGUCAUAAAAGCUCCACCUAAAGCCAAAUGGAAACUAUGGAAAGCUAAAAAGCAUAUAGACAAAGAUGGGAAUAUUUCUCUAAUUAACCAAAAUGAAGAGCCAAUAUAUAAAAGAGGAUCAAAAGGAGAAAUGAUACCAGUCGUCCCUACAUUUUUUGGAGUCGACAACGCCGAUUUAUAUAGCAAAACUCUUGAAAGCCAAGACCCAAAUAAAAAUCCUAAUAAAAACCAGCUGUUCCCUGAAUCAGAUAAAACGGUUGUUACCAAGAAAAGAAGGAUGAGAAAGAAAAAUCGUAAAGAAAUAGAAGAAGAAUUCAAAAAAGCUAAAGGCAGUAAUAAAUUUUCCCCAAAUUAUGAGCUAGUUCAGGUUAACAAAAGACCUGAUAAAAAGAAAAAAGGUAAAAAAGGAGGCAAAAAAGGGAAAAAAUCAAAAGAAACAGACGAAACAGGCAAGCUUAAACAAAAAAAUCUUCCUCCAGAUGAUAUUGAAUUCCUGUUAAAUAAUAUAUCAAUAGAUGAUACAGAAAAAGAUGCCAAACUUCGUACAGGAAAACCUCCACUGCCUAAGGGCGGACGUAAUAUAAGUCCUUCUAAAGAAAUUAAAUUUGAAAAAGGAGACUGGUCUAUUGAGCCUAUUUCUUAUGACGAAGCUGAGCCAGAAUUCCCUGAUGGGUCCUUAUCAAAAGAAAUGAUGAUGAGAAAUAUAUCUCUAACUAAAAGGAAAAAGAAAAAAACUAACUCCCCCCCCCCCCUCCGUGAGCGAACAAAAAAAUUUUGUUCGCUCACGGAGGGGGGUUAAUUUUUUUUUUUAAAAAAAAAUUUAUAUAUAUAAUUUUAUAAAAAAUAUUUUUUUCGAAAUUUAAAAAAAAUCCUAAUUUGCAAAAAUUGGGAAGCAAAUAUUAAUUUAAUUUGCAAAAUUUAUGUUUUUAAAACGCAAUUUGUAUAAAAUUAAACAGAAUUAGCUCUAGAUUUCAUUAUACUAAUUAUCACUUAUAUAUCAAAAUUUUUUUUCCAUUAAAAUUUUUUUCUAUUAAAAAAAUUUUUGUUCACUCACGGAGGGUGGGUUUUUGGUCAAAAAAUGGCGAUUUUUCUAAUGGUUUUGUUCGCUCACGGAGGGGGGGGGGGGGAGUAGAGAAAAACAGCAAAAGUAGAUACAAGCAAAGAUGAUUCUAAAUUAGAUGAACUUUCUUCAAUAUAUGCAGCUACUAGAAAUAAGCUGAUUUUUGAAGACUCGAAAAUUAAAUUAAAUGAUUAAAGUGGCCAUGAGCGGGAAAGCCCUCUAGCCUUUGCCUCGUGUAGGCUCCAAGAAUAGCUGCCUAAAUAGACCUCGAGUUCAAAUUAGGAAAAUAGAAGACUAAAAUUAUGUCUGAACCGCCUGUCUAAGGAUCAGCUCCCAAGGGCAGAGCCACUUAGAGGGCUCUGAUGGUCCCGACAAGGGAAGAUCAUAUGGUAGGCAAAAUCUGUCUAGCUCAUCUGGCUGGGACAGGAAAAUCUUCGGGCAAGAAACAAAGCUCGAGGUAUCUCCAAACCUAAAGGCUUACUUCAAAAAGAACAGAGGCCCUGUUUUCAUCUUUAUCAGGAUGGGUAGGGAGUGCGCCUCUAAUCCAAUUUCCUUUACGUCACCUUUUUAUUCCUGAAGACUCGAAAAGGAAUCGCUUCCAAUCAGAGCCAAGAAGACGAAAAAAGCGAAAAGGUGACGAGUCCAGCUCAGGCUCAGAAAGUGGCAGAAGACUGACUGGAAGACUGAAAAAUUUAAUCGGAGACUUAUCCGAUAUAUCCUAAUUUUCUCUAAAUAUUUAAUAUUCAAAAUCUUUUUUACGAUAAAAAAAUAUUUAUACUUAUUUGGAAUAUAGAAUCUGAAAAUGACGAAUUUAGUGGAGAAUUCCGAGGGAAAAAGUCAAUGAAAAAAGGAGGAAAAAAAGGAAAUAGAAAUCUAGAAAGACAUACUUCACAAGGAGUGCUAUUGGGAGAUAUGGUAAGAAGAAGAUUUAAUAAUGAUUCUUCAAGAAGUUUAAGCCCACAAGGGGUCGAUCAAAGUCCUAUUUCGUUUCUUAAUGACCAAUCUGAUUUUUCUCAUAGAAAAAAUCGGUCAACUGGGGCUAAUCUUAAGCGUUCAGCUUCAGUCCAGAGAAACUUUAGGAAAUAUUCUGAUGAAAAUAGAGACUCAAGCCCAAUUUACAAUAGAAACAUGAGAGAAAAAUAUGAAUCCCCUGAGCGUAGGCAAGACCGUAUGAAGACUAUGACAGAGUUUUUGAAUAUGCCAAGGGAGAAAGAUGAAGACAGAGAAAUUAAAAAAUUAAAUAGAAUUUUGAAGGAAAGAGAAAAAGUUAAGAGGAAGCAGCAAACUCAUAAAAUUGACCAAUAUCUUAUGGGCUGUGAUAAUCCUUACUUGGAGCCUCAGUGGCUCAUGAUGGAUAAAGCCAAUGAAGAUAAAAGUAUAAGUGUUAUAGGCGUUUCGCCAGAUAAAAAAUCAAAUGAUAGAACUAUGAAUAAAGAUUUAUCGAUUGCUUCAUUGCAUCGAACAAUGACAACUGUGAAAAAUCUUGUUAAUAGUAGUAAAGUCCAAGAAACUUUGAGAAGUGAUUCAUCAGUAGAAAAGAUAAGGCCAUUAUAA